AUGACUAGUGAGAAGGAGUCUGCAGAUUGUGCAGUAGCUGAAGUUGAGAAAAAGAUUAAAGAGGCCUUUGAGAUUUUUGACCAUGAAUGCAAUAACACUGUGGACAUCAGAGAGAUUGGUUCAAUUGUCAGGUCACUGGGUUGCUUCCCAACUGAGGCAGAAGUACAGGAACUGCUUGCACAGGUAGAAGAAGAAGAACCAACCGGAUACGUUCAUCUGGAAAAAUUUCUUCCAGUGAUGACAAAAGUACUGCUCGACAGAAGCUACCGGCCUAUUCCAGAAGAUGUUCUUCUACAUGCAUUUGAGGCUUUGGAUGAGAAUAAAUGUGGAUAUAUUACUAAAGAGGAGCUGGUCAAAUACUUGACUGAAGAAGGUGAGCCCUUUACUCAAGAAGAAAUGGAGGACAUGCUCUCCACUGCUCUAGAUCCAGAAACAAAUACUGUUCGCUACAGAGACUACAUUUCAAUGAUGAUAGUAGAUUAA